GUCUCCUCGGCCCCGCCCACAGCGUUGCAUCAUCCGUUUGGCUCCGCCCCCAACGACGGGGCCCUGUCACGCUAAGGGGCGGGGCCAGCAGCUUUCACCCAGGCUCCCGCGCGCGCAGCAGCGACAGUGACGUGAGGCCGGCGCGGACCUUCGUAGCGGCUGAGGCUCUGUGGACAGACAGACCCCUUCCCUUCUCCGCGGCUGCAGUUCCUGGCGUCACUGGGCAUCUGCGCGCGGAUUUCCACAGCCCCGGUUCCGGUCCGCGAGUGUCCGGUAGCCGCGCACCACCUUCGCCCCGCGCCAUGGCCGCGGCCGGUGGGCCCGGAGCGGACAGACGCUGUCCUCUUCUCGGCCUCCUUUUGCUUCUGAUCGCAGGCCCUGCCCUGGGCUGGAACGACCCUAACAGAAUAUUGUUGCGGGAUAUACAAGCUCUUACCCUCCACUAUGAUCGCUAUACCACCUCCCGUAGGCUGGAUCCAGUUCCACAGCUGAAAUGUGUUGGAGGCACAGCUGGAUGUGAUACUUAUAUCCCAAAAGUUAUACAGUGCCAGAACAAAGGCUGGGAUGGUUACGAUGUACAGUGGGAAUGUAAGACUGAUUUAGAUGUUGCAUACAAAUUUGGAAAAACUGUGGUGAGCUGUGAAGGCUAUGAAUCCUCUGAAGACCAGUAUGUACUAAGAGGCUCCUGUGGCUUGGAGUAUAACUUAGAUUACACGGAACUUGGCCUGAAGAAAUUGAGAGAGUCUGGAAAAAACAGUGGCUUUAACCAGUUCUCUGAUUAUUAUAAAAGCAAUUCCAGUGGCAUCAGUGGACUGAUUACCAUCGUGGUGUUACUUGCUAUUGCCUUUGGAGUUUAUAAGUUGUUCCUUGGUGGUGGUCAAGAUUCUCCUCCACCAUACUCUGAGAAUCCUCCGUAUUCUCCCGGUUUUCAGGGAUUCACCAACUCAGCAGGACCCCCUCCCCCGGGCUUUAAGUCUGGGUUCACAGGAACGCCUGGUGCAACUUACGGUUUUGGCAGUGCUUUCACAGGGCAACAAGGAAAUGCAAAUUCGGGACCAGGUUUCUGGACUGGCUUGGGAACUGGAGGAAUACUAGGAUAUUUGUUUGGCAACAAUAGGGCAGCAACACCCUUUUCAGACUCAUGGUACCGCCCUUCUUAUCCCUCAUACUUCAGCACAGGAAAUAGCCGUGCUUACUCCCCGCGUUGUGGAGACUCCAGUAACUAUUCAGCAUGUUCAAGUUCAGAGACAAAAACCAGAACAGCAUCAGGAUAUGGCGGUACCAAAAGACGAUAAAAAGUAAAAAGUUGAAGUCAAACACUGGACGCAAAAUUUCUGAUUUUUCAUCAUUUUCUCUUCAAAAGUGCUACCAGCUAACAACUGGGAAAGGGAAUAUUAAAACAUUCUGUGGUGUUU